UUGUCCUGAUAGUGGUCGUGGUGGCGUCGCUCGUUCUCUUGCACGUCGUUUUGUGAGGGGACUCCCACUAACAAUUAUGGCUUUUCAGCGACGGCUCCAGUGAGAGCUCAAUCGCCCACCUUAUGUGGAAAGUUCUGUUGCCUGAACAUAACAUCAACCAAGCACUCGAAGAAUGAGCUUGAGCUGCCGACCACACCAGCGGUGUUAAUAAACCACCGGCAUUCAACAUGGCGCCUAGUUAUCACAUCGGCCAGCGGCUGUCCUAUGAUGGCGCGCUCUGCACGGUCCGCUACAUCGGGCCCGUCGCUGGCACAUCGGGCACAUGGCUCGGCGUAGAAUGGGACGACGCUGGACGCGGGAAGCAUGAUGGCCGACAUAAAGAUGUCCGGUAUUUCUCAUGCCUUUCCAAAAACCCCACAGCCGCCUCGUUUGUGCGGCCAUCCCGCCCCGCCGACGCUGUGCAGAGCUUCGUUGCUGCGUUGCACAGCAAGUACAACGCCGAGGCGGUGGCGGAGCGCGAGGCAGAGAUCCAGAUUGUCUUCUUCGGCAAGAAGCCCGCCGAGGAGGUCGGCUUCGACAAGAUUCGCCGGCAGCUUGCGCGCGUUGAGGACCUGACCAUUGUGAUCCUCGACGGGGCCCGUAUCACCGCCGACGUUGCGCCUGGGGACAAGAGCGUCAGGGAGACAAGUCCUCUCAUCGCGGAGCUGGAUAUCAGCAGAAAUCUGCUUGAGGAGUUUGGGCAAGUAGUGAAGAUUUGCCAAGAACUUGAAAGCCUGAGGAGUUUAAGACUCAAUGGCAACCGGUUCCGGGUUAUCGAAGAUGGGGAGACCAGCGCUUUCAAAAAAGUCAAGGACUUGGAGCUCGAGGAGAUGUUGCUGGACUGGGGUACUCUCUGCGGCAUCGCUCACAAGUUUCCAUCCCUGUCAACGUUGAGCUGUAGCUUGAACCAGCUGUCCGUCCUCCCGCCCGUCUCUUUCGGUGCUCUAGCCAACACGCUCACAACCUUGACUCUCGAAUUCAACGAGUUCACCUCCUUUGCCGAUGUUGCAUCCCUAUCCUCUCUCACCUCCCUUCGUAACCUCCACUUAAAGGGCAACAGCAUUUCUACCAUCACCCCACCUUCCAUUUCGACACCCGUCUUUCCCCGAAGCCUGCAGUACCUCGACAUAUCCUACAACGCCAUCACGACAUGGUCCUUCAUCGACGCUCUCCCCUUAUCCUUCCCAGGUCUCACGGCCCUCCGGCUCGCCCACAACCCCGUCUACGACCGACCCGACCCGAAUGCCGUCGACGGUGGCGCCCAGAUAAAGUCGACGGACGAGGCCUUUAUGAUCACCAUUGGCCGCCUCGGCGCUCUGAAGGCCCUCAACUUUACCCCGAUCUCGGCCACGGACCGCGCCAACGGUGAAAUGUUUUACCUCUCCCGCAUUGCUAAGCAGCUCGCAUCUGUUCCUGAAGCUGCCGAGCUUGAAGUCCUUGCUCAGCACCCCCGCUACGCGGAGCUCUGCGACAUAUAUGGCUCUCCGGACAUUAUUCGCCGCGACGAGAUUAAUCCGAACUACCUCGAGGCUCGCCUAAUUACCGUUCAUUUCACGCACAUGACAAAGACCACGAAGACUGUCACAAUUCCAAAGUCUUCCGACAUCUAUGCCGUUAAGGGCAUUGCGGGAAGGUUGUUUGGCGCGCAGCCGUUGCGUCUCCACCUGGUAUGGGAGACGGGCGAAUGGGAUCCUGUCGGCGGGUUCGAUGAGGACGAGAAUGCGGAUAAUAGCAGCGACGAUGAGGACGCCGGGAAGAGCGGUGAGAGAGCUGAAAUGAGGACUGAUACUAUUGUGCGCGAGGAUAAGGUUGGUAGGUGGGUGAAAAGGGAGGUCAACCUCAAGGAUGGACCUAGGCAGCUAGGCUUCUGCGUGGACGGGAUGGAUGUCAGGAUCCGUGUGGAGGAUCAAUGAAGGUUAUGUUCCCCUACGUGCGUAGCCCUAUCGGGGAUGGCUUUCCUUUCGUCUCGCGGGAACUUGCAUGUAGACUACGUCUGAUAUGGCGUGGAAUUUCGUUUGCAAUGUCUACGCAAGCGACAUUGGAAAAGGCGCAUGCUGCCGUGCCAGGAAACAUUGGGCGAAUGGAGCAUGUUGGAGCUGCCAUAUAGACAAACGAAUGCAAUAGAAGACGAGACAUGGGCAUUAGGUAUACUUGCCCUCUCCCCC